AUGAAUUCUACCGAGCAAAAACUGCAUGGUAUUGGCAGCGGAGAAAACGACAAAGAUGUAACCCAAACGUGCCAGUGUUGUCUUCCACUACGUUAUGUCAUUGGGAUUUUUAUCAUGCUUGGCUUUACGAAUGUUUACGCUAUGCGAGUUAACCUUAGCGUAGCUCUGGCUGUUAUGGUUGGUAAUCAAACACUCAUGAAAGGUGGCAUGGAAAUAGAGGUAAUUUCAGUCUUUCAAAUUGUGACGAGAAACACUUACUAAUAAAAUUAAAGAUUUGAGUGUUGCACGGAAUGCAGUAGACAUGACAGCAGAUCUAGUGCCAAGAGAACAAAUGAACCAGAAAGCGAUUAGAAUGUGAAACGAGUGAUGUUUUCAUGGUUGAAACCAACUGAAGCAUAGACUAACCAAUACCGUCGACCAACAUUUAUUACGGCCCCAUCAAAUUGGACUGACAAACAAAAUUGAUAUUUUAAGCCUCUAUCUACUCAAAUUUUUUCGGUUUAUUUUUAUGAUAAAUUACAUAGGCAAGAAGGCAGAGUAUUUGUAAAUUUCUUUUCAUCACUCUAACUGCGUUAUUGGGGCGAUUGUCGUAACCAAUAAACGGAAAAGGUCUUUUUCGAGCUCCUCUCUUUUCAAAAUUUUAUUUUCUUGUACCGUCUAACACCAUAACCCCUUCCCUUUCCAUCCACUUGAUGAGUUUAAGCUAGACCAACAGCCCAUUAAUACGAACUGCAAAUUCAUAGCCGGUGAAAAUAUACCUGGAACUUACAAAGCUUUCAUUGCCUUGUUUGAGUCUAGGAACCCGCAGAGUUUUCAUGGGGAACUAAAACUCAAGGUAUGUAUCCAACCAACUGACGUUUGAUUCUUUGUUUGAUUCCACGAUCUGGAGGCGUAUUUCGACAUUGUCCCUUAAUUUACCUCUUCUGACAAAAUUCUUUUGCGAAUGUCGUGUUGCGAGUAGCUGUCCGGUUUUACUUUGAUGUUAAUGGCACUGAUGAUCAGUUCCAGUCCAAGGAUAGCUCUAGCAUAAAAAGCUUGAAGGAAACUGUAAUCCUAUGAUAGCAAAUUUGUUCGUAUGCUCUACUUCGUUCGUACUUUGUUUCUUUCGAUUCGAAAAAACUUGCGUUCGAGCGAUUCAGAUACUUUAUUUUGUCCUUCAUUUACGAUGAAAGUAUUUUUCGAUAAGACAAUCGAAUUCUAAGCGAGAAAUAAUAGAAAAAACCCGCUGUUUAUCAAACUGCCGUAGACUUGAUAUGAAGCGAUAUGUAUAUGUUGAUUAAUUUUCAGCGAAAGAACAAUAGACAUUCUGCCCGAUGAGGGUUGCUGAUUGAGUUAUUAACGAUAUCAUGGUAAGAAUAUUAUUUCCUUUGAUCUUUUCUCACAGGAUUCAUUCUCAGUGCGUUCUAUUUCGGCUACAUUGUUAUGCACUUACCCGGAGGAUACUUGGCACGAAAACAUGGCGGUGCUACAUUGCUUGGUCUGUCUGUUGGCGCCACAGGGUUCCUUACCCUUUUCACACCUCUUGCUGCAAAGACCCAUGUGGGAGUGUUCAUUGCACUGAGAAUUGCAGUAGGAUUUGCCGAGGUAAUCCCACCCCCCCAUUAGCUUGUACUAUAGUUAUACACAUUGACACUUGGAUGAAUUUGUUGCGUUAAGUUGUAAAGUAAAACAAUACGGUUGCCGGCUAUUAGAAGCUUAAAUACUUGAAUUUGUGAGACUAGGACGUCAGUCGGAAGUUAAUAGUUCGUUUCCCUGACAAUUGAUACAGCUCUACUGACUGUGGCGUUAAGUUAAAAAAAUGCUUAACCGAAAGAGUUCAGUUGGUUGGUGGAUGCCAAAUGUGCCAGUAACUGUUCAACUUUCCUUAAUGUCUCCGUCUGCAUUUCAAAAACCGCAUAUCUGUGCUUCCCGUUAGUCCCCCAUGAGGAAUAACACUUUUCCGAAAUACAAUUCGUCACUUUGCUCAUCAUUCAUCAUUUCUUAUGAUUUGUGAAGGGUCCUGUUUAUCCCGCCGGUCACGCUUUUUGGAGUAAAUGGGCGCCCCCCUUGGAAAGAAGUAAACUGGCAACUUUAAACGUAGCGGGUGAGUUGAAAGGGAUCCAGUUUAUAAUAGUGAAACCUGCGAUCUAAAUGUUGUCGGUGUCCUUUUGUAGGAAAUGGUCAAACACACGCACACUUAUUAUACGGUAAUAUUUUUCACGAGCUUCCCUCCAAUACCUGUGGCAUCAAAAAACGUAAGAGGUAGACAUCGUUUCGAGCCACUUGCGUAUGCGCCUUUAUUCAACACAGAUAAAAUCGCUGAGAGCGAAUGGUGAUGAUCUCCCACAUCACAGUAUAAGUACCACUUCGCGUGGUUUCAAACGAACAUUUUGAUCGGUGUAGUCGUUUAGCCACGGACACUUUCUAAUGAACGUAACGAAUGACGUGUUCUGAUGUUUGUUAGCAGAAAGGGGUCUAUGGAGCAGACAAUGGAGCGACGAAUUUGCCAAUCAUAGGUUAAGAGCUGUACAAAACGUAGACUUAGGUUAUACAAUUUGCUUUGCUUUGCUACAAGAGACUGACUCGUUUUUAUAUGGAGACACCAAACGAUGAUCCAAGGGUGCCCAUGAUAAUACGAUUUCACUGCUGGUACGAUUGCCCUUACUGGGUUGCUGUAAGAAUGACACAUCCCCUUCCACCGCUAGUAACUGAAAGAAAGUUGGAUUCUCAUUUGCAGCAAAGCAUGGCUCCAAAUUUAACUCCUUUACUCUGCGGAUUCCUCUGACACGGUGGUUAGUAGGAAUUAUUAUGUUAGGUCUUGCUGAAGACUUAAGGAAUAUUUAAAUGAUUUCGUUCUAUUUCCGUAGGGGGUAUUUUAGGUAUAAUAAUGUCCAUGUUUCUGUCUGGAUACAUUGCUUUUCAUUUUGGUUGGUCUUGGAUUUUCUAUGUCUUCGGUAAGUCAUUCAAUUAAAUAACGUUAUUUCAAUCAGUUUCAAUCGUUUCUUUUUAUAGAUUUUCAUCGUAAAACGGGAUGUUGGAGAAAUUGUCCCGAAUUGAACAUUCCAUUUAAGAUUUACAAAGCAGUCUUCAAUUUGCUCAUGCUAAUCGAAGUCAUAAACGAGAAGUGGCAAACGGCAUAUGGCUAGUCGAGGACGAUACAUGCUUUACCUUAUUCUCGACAGCGGUUGGAUUUAACGAUUACCUCGUUCGUUAAAAUUGCUCUGUAUGGAAUAGCAAAUAGAAUAAGAUAAAGAUUUAAAAAAUAAAUGAAACGAAAAUCUAGGAACGUUCUUAACGACAUAUAGACGCCUAAGUGAUGUAAAUGAUAAAAUCUAUUUCAACAGGUAGUAGUGGUCUUAUCUGGUCGAUUCUUUGCCUCUGUUUGGUUAGUAACUCACCUUCACAACAAAGGUGGAUCUCAAGAGAAGAAGCUGAAUAUAUUAAAGUUAGCUUAGCAGGAGAUUUACAAAGUCAGGUAAAAAAAUAAAUGUUUGUGAAUUUUGGCAUAAAAUGAAGAGAAUGUGAGGAAACAAAAGCAAUGUUUAGAGGACUUUUCACUCAUUUCAUCCACUUUCUUGUAAUUCAAAAUUCGUAAGAAAGAUACAUGAAAAAAUUACUUAGUUCUGAUUGGUUAAGAUAAAUGCAAUUUUUUUCAGGUAAUUCAAUGCAGAAGAGGGUUAAUUCAGUGCAAAGAAGUAACAAACUAGACUGAACAAUUUCUUGAACUGCUUAACCCGACUUUGAACUUUUUUGCGCCUUAUAGAUGUGAAAGUAUUAUUGUAUAUUAUUGUUUUGAUCGUGCGCGGUUGUUUUGACCGAACGCACAAUGUCACUUGCAGGGUUUAAAUAAAUUAUUUUUGCACUUGAUGGGGGCGCUUUGCUUCUGCAUAAUUAUGAUAAGCUAUCUCGUAUUUUUAUCAUUUAUAUUAUCAAUACGUAAUUACAUGAUUAAUUAAUUAUUAAUUACAUAAUUUCUCGUGCAAUUUGGAAUAAAUAAGUGCAUAUAAAAUUUUUCAAAGAUCACAAAUUGCACAAAUUUUGUUAGUCUUUGAAAAAAUAAACUCGUGUUUACUUAUUUCAAAUUGCACUCGAAAUCAUGUGAUUACCUAUACUUAUUUCUGGUUUCUUUAAUUACUUUCUUAUUUUUUUGUUUAAUCCUAUUCCCUCUUUUAACCAUUCGUCCACUUGUUCAUUCAUCCGUUCAUCCCACCUUUUCUGCAUCUGUCCAUCCAUUCAUCUACCUGCUUACCCGCCCACUCAUCCAUCCAGUUCGCGGCUCAAUCGCUCAUGCUCACGUGUAUGCGUGCAUUCUGUUUGGUUCAAUUAUUCAUGUAUUCAGUUAUUCAUGCAUACAUGUACCUGUUUGUUAAUUCAGUCGUAUGAUUACUACUUCUCACCAAGAUCAUGUUGUUGUUUCGUUUUGUUUGGCGUUUACGGUCAUGCUUAUCACGUUUUUAGGAUGUACCGAUUCCUUGGAAAGCAAUCUUCACCUCUCUUCCAUUCUGGGCCAUUAUUGUAACGCAUUCUACGCAUUCGUUUGGCUAUUACAUGCUGAUAUCAGAGCUUCCUUUAUUUUAUACACAACGACUUCAUCUUGAUCUUAAACAGGUAAGGCCCGAGCCAAUUAACAAUGCCCUCAAUCUCUCGAGUAACGGGAUUCUCUGGGCAGUGCCAGCUACAGGGCAUAGAUAUUAAAACUUGACAUUUCUGCUGAGUUACUCAUUUUGUAACUUUGAAUCUUGGACAUGCUUAGAUUUAACAUAUGUGCCUAAGAAUUUAUCUUAUAUUUGACAAAUUCUCACAGAGCAGUUUUCAAUUGAGUGUUAAAAAGGAUCCAAGAUUGCUUCAGUUUUGCUUUAUUUCGCUCUGUGAUUAGUCUAGAAAACUCGCACCUUCUCUAAACCAGUCAAAUGCAGGUACUAAAAACCAAUCUCAUCUUGGUCAGUCGCGUUUUCCCGCGCUUCCAUCAGGUUGCAUGUUUUUGAUUUCUCAUUGGAUCGUGAUGAUGUUGACCUUUUUUUUUUUGACUGGUGGUUGUGAUUACUUUGGUUAUGUUGGUCGACAAUCAUUGAUCACUGUUUUAUUUCAUAGUAUGUUAUAUGCCCCAGAAAGUUUCUCAAAGAAAUGCGAAACGAUACCUCAAUUCUCUAUGAUUAUCUUCCAGUCUCAAACCUGUAGACCAAGUUUUGUCUAAAUUGUCAUUAAAAAAAACAGUAUGCUUUGCUACAGUCAAUGGCUGGUUUUGAGCGAAAAUCCUCCUAAACAAAUCGUCCGAAAAAUCCCAGGGACUGUGGCUACCACCCCUCUGUCCCACCUCAUACCGGGGUCCACAAUACGAAUGAUCUUUUCUGUUUUUCUCUAUCAGACUUGGACUGCAUCGUCCUUACCUUACGUGGUCACACUGGUGAUGUUAAUCCUUGGUGGUCAAAUAGCUGAUUAUCUUCGCAAGCAUCAUCUUGCAACCGGAACUGUGAGAAAGAUCUUCAAUACAAUUGGUAAAUGACUCUCCAGAUACAUUUAGAAAAUUGCAAAGACGGACUUAAGAGAAGAAAUAAGCUUAAUUUUUCGUCGAGGACUAAGAGUGAACGAGGACAUCUUACAACCAUUGGCGGUAUUUGAAGCGAUCGUAAGGUAGAGGUCAUAUGCAUUGUCUGAUCUGUAAAUACCUCUAAAGACAGACGUGGCUAUCACAGGGGCGUAGUGAAACGUUCCUGCAUCAACUCAGCGAAGUCACCUCUUGUCUGAGUCAUCUCUUUGAUGCUCUUAGCUAGAUCACUUGAUAUUCCAAGUAGCUCCCCGACCGUUACCAGGGAUCACUGUAGUGUCUUCUUCCCGGCACACCAUAUAAUAACGUUGUCGUUUCGCUAAGUUCUCUUCUAGACAUUAACUUAAUACUCUAAAACCAAUAGCAUUUUCUCUUUAUGUUAACAUCUCCUUCCGUCCUUCUGUUAGUUUAACCCCUUGCAUUUUCGCGCAUUUGUGGUUCGCAAGAGAAAUUCUUUACUUUUAAAACUUAGGAGGAACAAGUCAUUAUUUAUCAUCAUGAUGGGUAGUAAUGGAGGAGGGGGGGGGGCAGUGAAGUCGGGGGAUUUUGAUUGUGUGACAUUAAAUUUUUCCUGAUCCCCCCUAAGGCCCUAUAGUAUUUCAAUGGUUCCAUCCCCCCAUUGGAUGUUAAUUUUCCAUGGUUACCUCCUGUAUACUCGGUUAGCAAUAAUUGAUCGCCCACAUUUCCUCCUGUGGACCAUGUUAUCCCAAAAAGUUUCGACCCCCCCCCCCCUCCCUCCCCCUCACCUCACGGUGAUAGAAAAAAAUUAGUCGUUCUCUACCUCCCUAUAUUUUCAAAUAUUUGCGGGUUGCGAGACAACCUCUUUACUUUUGUGAACCUAUAUAGAUCAAUGUAGUUAUACCAGUGUAUUUUUCAUCUUAGGUUUCCUUAGUGAGGCUAUAUCGUUCUUAGUGCUAGGCUAUUUUUCAAAUGCCACCACUGUUGCAGUACUAAUCACAUUAGGAGUGGGUCUUGGCGGACUGGCUCGUAGUGGAUUCUAUGUAAAUCAUCUCGACAUUGCCCCACCUCUCGCUAGUGUCUUACUUGGCAUAACAAACACAGCAGCAUCAUCGGCUGGAAUCUUAGCCCCUAUCGUCACUGGAUUAAUUGUUCAACACCACGUAAGUUUAGUAUUCAAAAUCGUACAUUUAAUUAGUCGCAGAUGGGGCUUUGAGUGCUCUUUUUGUUUUAGUAUAUUUAUAUCUAAAUUUGUGUGAGGUAACUAAGGCGGUGGCCAUUCAUUGUCGUCCGGGGGAGGGGAUCGAAAGAUUUGUUAAUGUCAAAAUAAAAUUUUCUUAAUCAAUUGCCAAUGAGGGGGUGGGGUGGGGGAGGGUUAAUUACGCGACCCGACCUAAGCCCCCCUAGUUUAGCCUGAAGAAAUUGUAACUUCAAGUUAACACACUCAGACUAUUUCCUAUUUUUCUAACAGACGUCCCUUGAAUGGAGAAUCGUCUUUUUCAUCAUCGCAGCGAUGAAUGUUCUUGGCGCCAUAUUCUUUGUCAUUUUUGGCUCAGGCGAAAAACAGUCGUGGGCGAUUAAUGAGGGAUAUAAUGAGUUACCAAAGGAAGAUCCAGAUGAAUAG